GACACACAUUUUUAUGUGUUUCAGUUCUUUGAACGUCGUUUCACCCCGUGCCUCAGUUCAUCAAUCUUCUUCACGCUCAAUCUAGUGCUUACCCAAAUUAACACGAUAAAGACAGCUACAACGAAAUUCAUAAAAUCGGUGCAUUCGAAAGGAAAAGGGAGAACUCCACAAAUAGACGUAUCGCAUCAACUCAUCCUUCAUCCAUACUACAAAGUGAAAUCCAAUCGAUAGACUGAAAACAGAUCGAAACUAUUCCAUCUCAUGUCGAAAUGAUGUGGCGGUAUAGUUCAGUGUUCAUCGCGAGACACACUUCAUUUUCAACCUCAAGCGUGCUAAAGCAGAAUAAAAUUUUCUUGUUCUUUUCAAAAUUUGAUUGUACGCGAAAAAAUUGUCUGAAAUAGUUUCAUCUAAAUGGUAUGCAAUUUAUUGUUCAAACAGACUGGUUUGAAUAAUAAUUCUUGGAAUAAAUUAGUUUCCGGUUAUUCUAUCAUACAGUAUAACGUUGUCGAGAAACAAUAUUCCAUGUACACCGAUGACAUGAAUUACAGUCGUUAAACCGAUUCGCUGCGGAUAGGUACGUGCUCAGUCAAAACUCACGUAGCACAGUACCGCACGCCUAAUGACUGAAGUAUAUAUCACAGUUUGUGAGUGCCUGCGUUCAUCACACGGUAUUUGUGUUCGUGUUCGUGUUCGUGUUCGUAUAUAGUCGCAAACGAGAAGUGAAGUGGAGUACUAUCAUACACAUACAAAUUAUAUACACAUCUGCAUACAUUUUCAGUACAUCAAUAUUGCAUUGUAAAAUCGUUUUGUUUAGCAACGAUUGCAAUUUUUCUCGAUUAGUAAACGGUAAAUAGUCUGAAAUAUUUAAUUCCGUCUUUGAUUUAACGAAAAAGACACCAAAAUCCAAUAAAUAUUUACAUAAGUUGUUUACAUCAUGCGAAUUGCCACUGCUGUUGGUAUUGCUACUGUCAUUGUUAGGUUAGAAGAGUAGCUUUUUGUGUUUGAUUUUUUACUUGAUUCACUCCAGAAACUCGAUGAGAAAAAGAAUCAAGCCCAAGCAAUCGGACUGAAGUGCCAUUCGCAAUUUAAAGGAAAUAAUCAAUUUGCAUGCAAUUAAAAUUGAAGACAAACAAGUGGUAAAAGCUAGCAAAAUCAUUUCCUAAAACAAGAGUAAAAUAAUAACAAUAAUAAUAAUAAUAAUAAUAAUAAAAAGAAGAAGUAAAGAAUAAUUAAACGUAACCUGUAAAGAGUUCUUUGUUGUGCUGUGCGCUAUCAAAUAGAAAGAGAGUGUUGGUUUUGUUGACGACAACUCAUAUCCAAACACAAUAAAAUUGCCCGGAUUUUUUGGUCAUCAUGUUUCAGAAUGUGAGUAAAAAAAUGCCAUCGACAUCACGGCCAAGAGUAACUGGUAGUUCCAGUGGCAUAGGGCGAAUUUCGGCUAAUACGCCAAUGUCGGAACGCCAACAAAUGGCUUUGCUCAUGCAAAUGACAUCGGCAAACAAUCAAUCAGACGCGGCGCCAGGGAACAGUGGACAUGGUCCAGCUCGUUCGCGAGAUCGUAACGAACGAGGUGAAACUGCAAUGCAUGUUGCAGCAAUCAAAGGUGAUCAAGAAGGUAUCAAAAAGUUACUGGAACAGGGAAUGAGUCCCAAUGUUCCCGACUUUGCUGGUUGGACACCAUUACACGAAGCCUGCAACCAUGGUCACUACAAUGUUGCAUUGACUCUGGUCAAAGCUGGUGCUAAUGUGAAUGCCCGCGGCCUGGACGAUGACACCCCUCUUCAUGAUGCCGCCAUCACGGGACAAUUGAGACUUGUAAAAAUGCUUGUGGAACGUGGUGCAGAUCCAUGUUUUAAGAAUCGCAAGGGCAAAACACCUUGUGAUGUUGCUGCAGCGGCUGUCCACAACUUUCUUAUAACUGCUAGAGAUGCAGCUAUCAGUCGACAACAACAAAUGAAGAAAGCAAGCGACGGAAAGAAGUCAAUGGACGAUCAUGAUGAAUCAAAUGUAGCAUCAGGCAGUGGAACAACGUCAAAAGCCGCAUCAAAGGAGGAAGAUGACGUGUAUGAAUUUAAGACGACGCCCAAAGAUUCGUCGUCCAGUUCAGGCGAUGAUAAGUCAGAUGGUGGAAAGGGAUCCGAUAAGUCGUCGGAUGAAAAGAGUGAUGAACAAGGAACGAAGCGCUCAUACUCGGACAUCGAGGGUGAUGUUGAUGAUGAAGUUAAGCGAAAAAAGCGAAACACAGAAGGAACGUCAAAAGAUUUAAAUAAAACAGUAUCAAAUCGGCCAACGUCCCAGCGUCAAGAGAAGAAUUCCAAAUUCCAUGGUGCAGCUGCCAAAAAUUCCAAUUUAACAAGUAAAAAUGUGUCGACACUUGAUCGAAAAAGCCCGUGUACAAGUCCAAAGCCAACUUCAACGAAAACCGAUAGUGACGUUGAAAUGGAUGAUAAAAACCUCGGAUCAGACUCAUUUGGCGCUGCUGGUCCCAAAGUACCACCAUUGAAGAUCGUUAUACCACAGCAAACGUCAAACCCUGACCAGGAAAUGGGAACUCGAAACGGAAAAAAUAUUUCAACGAGGAAUAAUGCGGCAUUGCCAUACGUUGUGGCGUCAUCAUCGAAUAGCAAUGAUUCGGCUGACAAAGAAAGCGCUUCGUCACGAUGUACCAGUCCAUCGGAUUCAACAAAAAGUGUGGAUGAGAAGAAAACCGGCACCACAAUGACCAACGAAGAUCAAAAACAACAGCGAGUUUUACGAAGUUCAAAUAGAGGCGGCUCUUCCGUUGAUCGAGGCUCGAACAACUCAUCACCUCAAUUGCAGAGCAGCUCACCGUCACCGGCUCCGGUUACGCAAACGAGUACAACAACGACUGCCACAUCAACCAAUACAACAUCGUCUGUGACAGCACGUGUUGAAUCAACGAAACCAGCAACGCCCGCCUCCAGUUCAACGGUCGAUAGUUGCCCAACCACAUCGAACAUGAACACAACUAGCCCAAGCAAUCCAUUAAAUACAGAGACCGAACAAACAAAUGCACCCAGUCCAUCAGCAUCAUCGACGUCUUCAACUAAAGAGAGUUCACAAAAUACAGCCGAUUUGCAUCCGCGAAAGCGAAAAAUACGUGCUAGUAAAGAUGAAAACAAACAGAUUGUUCCGAAUACGAAUUCAUCAUCAUCUUCGUCCUCGUCCUCAUCAACAACUCAAUCGAAUACAAACAAUAACGAUCCAAAUGAAAGUACUACCAAUACGGAAGUGCCACAUCCACAUGAUCAACCCAUCACCAAUUGCUAUCAAAUGUACUUAAAUAUCCGAAAACAAAUCGAGCGACGACAGCGAAAUCUCUUUCCCGUCCAACCGAAACCACCACAAGGUUUCAAGGACUAUUUGCUGAACCGUCGCACGUAUGUGCUGGCUGGCAAAACAACAAUGGAAUCAAAUACUGGAUUCCCGAUGAAUCUAUCACCACAGCUACGCGAUUUAUUUAUGCAACAAGAAAAGGAAAGACAUAAACUUAAAAUGCAACACGUUGUGGAAAAGGAGAAGCUGGUUCUUUCGGUUGAACAAGAAAUUUUACGGGUCCACGGUAGAGCUGCUCGCGCAUUGGCCAAUCAGUCUCUACCAUUCUCAGCAUGCACAAUCCUUAAAGAUGAAGAAGUUUAUAACAUAAUCACUCCAGAGCAAGAGGAAAAAGACCGCAAUGCUCGCUCAAGAUACAAUGGAAGGCUGUUCUUAAGUUGGCUACAAGACGUCGACGACAAAUGGGAGAAAAUUAAGGAAGCCAUGGUAUUACGUUGCCAAAAUGAAGCAGAAAGUUUACACGCUGUACAAAAAAUGGAAUGGGAAUGGAAAAUGAAAGAGCUGAUGCUGUGCGAGUACAAAGCACAACCCGUUAUUGAUGAAAUUCAUGUACCUAUGGUUCAUGUCAGUGACGAUUUCGACCUACUUCCAUAAACCAUAAAUGUAUCGUUAAUUUUGAACAGCAUGUGAUUUUAUCUACGUUAAGAAAUAAUGUCAAUUUUUUUAUGAAUAAUGAACAAAGUAAUGUAUAACAAACGUAACUUAUUGUUACAAAUGUUGAAGUCCUAAUGAAUCGAAUGAAAAAAAAUCAAUGCAUAUUUAUGUACACGAUGUGUACAAUUUUUGACACUUGGCAAACUUGUAUGUAGUUUUAAGAAAAUAAAAAAAAACUCGUUAUCAAA